AUGUGGCAUGUGGCAUGCUGCAUGUGGAAGCUUGUAAAGAGCUGCAGGGCACAUUGCCAAUUAGUUAGAGCAGGCAUUGAGUUUUGUUCUGACAACAAAUUUUUAGCCGAUACUCAAUACUUUGUUCGUCCAUUGAAAUUCUCAGAGCUUUAAAUAUUUUUGUAUAAAUCAAGAACAGCAUGCAGCAUCCAAGUGGCUUCAGCAUGGUGAACACCAAACGCAAUGUCGAGUUGCUGUUGAACGGAUUCGCUCCGCCGCUGCCAGUGCGCACAGGCACCUCCAUAGUGGGUCUGAUAUUUCAGGAUGGUGUCAUCCUGGGCGCCGACACGCGCGCCACCGAAGGACCCAUUGUCUCGGAUAAGAACUGCUCCAAAAUCCAUCGUCUGCAGGAUCACAUAUUCUGCUGUGGCGCUGGCACCGCCGCCGACACGGAGCAAAUGACGCUGCUGACCUCGGCCGAGCUGGACAUGCAUCAGCUGAACACGGAGCGCCAGGUGCCCGUCAUGUGCGCCAGCAUGUUGCUGCGCCGCACGCUCUUUCGCUAUCAGGGCCACAUUAGCGCCGCUUUGGUGCUGGGCGGGGUGGACAAGCUGGGCCCGCAUGUGCAUUGCAUUCAUCCGUGCGGCUCCAUUGACAAGAUACCCUACGCUGCCAUGGGCUCUGGCACUUUGGCUGCCAUGGCCGUCAUGGAGAACGGCUGGCAUCCCGGCCUCAGUCUCGAGCAGGCCAAGCAGCUGGUGCGCGAGGCCAUCAGCGCGGGCGUCUUCAACGAUCUCGGCUCCGGCUCCAACAUAGAUCUCUGCAUACUCACACGCGAGGGCACCCAACACCUGCGCACCGAGACGGUCGCCAGCGAGCGUGGAACGCGACAAGUCGAAUAUGACAUUCUGCCCAAUACGUCGCUGGUGAAGAGCAUCUCAGUGCAGGAUAUCGAAAUCACAGAUGAGCACACUUAUCAUCUGUCCUCUAGCUGCCUGUUUCAGCCCUCGCGGCAACUGCACUCCAGUGCGUCUCUUGGGUCAGAAGCGGACAGACAGCCACCCACACAGCAGUAGCCCUAAGCUCAUCUAAUGCUUCAAUUUGGGCACAUAACUGUUCAGCUAAAUUAGUAUUUCAACUAAAUGCAUUAGAACUGUUCGCACUCAAAGAAAAUAUCCAAAUUAUUUCGUGUCGAUUUGCCAAGUAACCAACAUUCGCGUUUGAAAUGAAUUUAAAUUCAAAUUCGUAUUACAAUUUCAUUUAGGAAAAAUUCGUUUAUGAACAAGAGUUGUUUCAGUUUUCUGUAUAAUCAAAGAAUGAUGAAAAGCCAUUGGGCU